CAGUGAUGACCUGUUACAGAUCGAGCGGCGCCUGGACACUGUGCGCUCCAUGUGCCACCAGUCCCACAAGCGCCUCGUCGCCUGUUUCCAGGGCCAGCACGGCGCCGAUGCUGAGCGGAGACACAAAAAACUCCCCCUGACGGCGCUGGCUCAGAAUGUGCAGGAAGCCUCGAGUCAGCUGGAGGACUCGCUCCUGGGGAAGAUGCUGGAGACGUGUGGAGAGGCUGAGAACCAGCUGGCUCUAGAACUUUCUCAGCAUGAGGUCUUCGUGGAAAAGGAGAUCGUGGACCCUCUGUAUGUCAUCGCAGAGGUGGAUAUUCCCAACAUCCAAAAACAGAGGAAACAGCUCGCCAAAUUGGUGCUGGACUGGGACUCAGUCAGGGCCAGGUGGAACCAGGCUAACAAAUUCCAGGGCCUCCCGUCCAAAAUAGAUACCCUAAAGGAAGAGAUGGAUGAAGCUGCCAAUAAAGUAGAACAGUGCAAGGACCAGCUUGCAGCUGACAUGUACAACUUCAUGGCCAAAGAAGGGGAGUAUGGCAAAUUCUUUGUGACGUUAUUAGAAGCCCAAGCAGAUUACCAUAGAAAAGCAUUAGCAGUCUUAGAAAAGGCCCUUCCCGAAAUGCGCGCCCAUCAAGAUAAGUGGGCAGAGAAGCCGGCCUUCGGGACGCCCUUGGAGGAGCACCUGAAGCGCAGCGGGCGGGAGAUCGCACUGCCCAUCGAGGCCUGUGUCAUGCUGCUCCUGGAGACGGGCAUGAAGGAGGAGGGCCUUUUCCGAAUCGGGGCCGGGGCCUCCAAGCUGAAGAGACUCAAGGCGGCUCUCGACUGCUCCACGUCUCACCUGGACGAGUUCUACUCGGACCCCCAUGCCGUGGCAGGUGCUCUGAAGUCCUAUUUGCGCGAACUCCCUGAACCCCUGAUGACCUUUCACCUGUAUGAAGAGUGGACCCAAGUUGCCAGUGUGCAGGAUCAAGACAAAAAACUUCAGGACUUGUGGACGAUAUGCCAGAAGCUGCCUACGCACAACUUUGUGAACUUUAGGUAUUUAAUCAAGUUCCUUGCCAAGCUUGCUCAGACCAGCGACAUUAAUAAGAUGACUCCCAGCAACAUUGCGAUUGUAUUGGGCCCUAACUUGUUAUGGGCCAAAAAUGAAGGGACGCUGGCUGAGAUGGCAGCUGCCACGUCCGUCCAUGUGGUCGCGGUGAUCGAGCCCAUCAUCCAGCAUGCUGACUGGUUCUUCCCCGGAGAGGUGGAAUUUAACGUGUCGGAAGCAUUCGUGCCUCUUGCCACCCCAAAUUCCAAUCACUCCUCCUCCCACACUGGAAACGAGUCUGACUCGUGCACCCUGGAGAGGAAGCGGCCGGCCAGCAUGGCAGUGAUGGAAGGGGACCUGGUGAAGAAGGAGAGCUUUGGUGUGAAGCUUAUGGACUUCCAGGCCCACCGGCGGGGUGGCACCCUAACUAGAAAGCACAUUUCCCCCGCUUUCCAGCCGCCACUCCCGCCUACGGAUGGCAUCUCCUUGGCUCCAGCGGGCCCAGAGCCCCCUCCCCAGAGCUCUAGGGCUGAGAGCAGCCCCGGGGGUGGGACGGUCCCCAACUCUGCGGGCAUGCUGGAGCAGGGGCCAUGCCCAGGCGAUGGCAGUCCUCCCAAACCCAAGGACCCUGCACCCGCCCCCGUGCCUGCACCCGCCCCCGGGAGAAACAGUAGUCAGAUGGCCCCCGGCCCGACAGCAGCCCAACCAGCAGCCGGCGCCCACCAGCUCUCCGUCGGCCCCGUGCACAAUUCUGCCGGCCCCAGUCCUCAUACUCUGCGCCGAGCUGUUAAAAAACCCGCUCCUGCGCCCCCGAAACCAGGAAACCCCCCUCCAGGCCAGCCCGGCGCCCAGAGCUCGCCAGGAGGGUCCCCGCACCCCCCCAGCCUGUCGCCCAAGCCCGCUGCCCGGAGCCCCUCGCCGCCCACGCAGCCCCCCAGCGGCGCCCCCAGACGCGCGUCCAGCAGCCUCCCACCCCUGCAGGCGCCCAGCCACCCGCCGCCGCAGCCCCCCGCGCCCGGCCCCAGCGAGCCGCCGCCGCACAGCCCCCCACAGACCCCCACGCCCCCCAGCACCCCGCCCCUGGGCAAGCAGAACCCUGGGGCGCCGAGCAACCCUGAGAGCGGAGCCCCGGCCAGGCCCAGACCUGUGCCCAAGCCCCGCAACCGACCCAGCGUGCCCCCGCCCCCGCACCCACCCGGCGCGCACCCGCCAGGGGAUGCCCACCCCGCUGCGCCCACCGCCUCCAAGAUCGUCACCGACGCCAGCCCUAGGGUUUCGGAUCCGCUUCGCAGCCUCUUCCCAGAAACGCAUUCAGAUCCCGCCAGCAAAGACCUACCCGGCCGCAUCCUGCUGGACAUGGACAACGACACAGAAAGCACGGCCCUGUGACGACUGCUCUCCCACACACACACCCCGCCCCUCCCCGGCCGGCACACACACACCGCUCUGGGCAGCCCACACAGCGACGGGCUUUCCGUGGAGGCCGCGGAGGCGGCCACGCAAAGCUGGAUGACCUGUGUCUUGAAGACGUUGGCUUCCUGGAGGCAGGAAGUCAGUCAUGCCAAAAAUCAACACACACACACAAAACAAAGCAGAGCAAACAAAAACAAAUCCCCUGUCUGUGGGAAACGCGUCCUCACGGAGACACGGCCGGGAAGCGACUGGGAGUGACUUGAGGCGCCAACUCUAUUUAAUGAAUCGCCCCGAUGAUUCAUCUCCAGACGAGCCCCCCUGCCGGCAGCCGGGCUCUCCACCACCGUGGGAGACCCCUCUGCAGACGCGUCCGGGAUGACAGAGCAUCUUUGUUUCUUCCCGUUGCCCCCCUCCCCCCGCAACCCGCGCCAGCUUUGAGGUGACCGCUGGAUCCGUCACCUCAGCAAACCAGACAGGACUUGCGCCCUGUGGCGUCACCAGGACACAGAGGCAGGAAUGGGCUGUCCUUUUUAAAAAAAGAAAAAAAAAGGAAAAAAACAACAAUGUAAUUGCAACUUGAUAAGGACCGAACAUUAUUCUAGUUUCAUGUUUAAUUGAAUUAAAUAUAUUCUGU